AUGCUGAAUGUUGAUCUCAACUUUAGUGAAAAUGAACACACAUGGACAUUCAUGUCUGACAAGCAAAAGGGCUUGAUUCCAGCCUUUGAAACCUUGUUCCCAACUGCUGAAAAUAGGUACUGUGUUAGGCAUCUUCACAGUAACAUGAAAAGGGAUGGUUUCACUGGAUUGGCCAUUAAAUCAGCCUUAUGGGCUGCAGCAAGGGCAACUAGAGUUGAGGAAUUUCAGAGGAGAAUGCAAGAGUUGAAGGAGAUCGAUGAAAAUGCCUAUAUUUGGCUAGCCAAAAAACCUCCACAAAACUGGUCUAGGUCUCAUUUCACUACCUAUCCCAAGUGUGAUAUUUUGUUGAAUAAUAUGUGUGAGUGUUUCAAUAGCUUCAUACUGGAUGCAAGAGAAAAACCAAUUAUCUCUUUGCUUGAAUCUAUUAGAAACCUCUUGAUGACAAGAAUUCAGAUAAAUAGAGAAAAAGCACUUAAGUGGGAUGGUCCUCUCUGUCCUAAGAUUAAGCAAGUGUUGAUGAAGACAAUGAAAGAAGCUGGAGAGUGCAUUCCAAUAAGGUCUGAUGAGUGGAAUUUCCAAAUUAUGGGACCUUCAACUCAGCACAGUGUUGAUGUUAGAGAGAGGAGGUGCAGCUGCAGGAAAUGGGAUCUCACUGGAAUCCCUUGUAAACAUGCAUGUUCUGCUAUCUGGUGCAGAAAUGAAGAUCCAGAAUCUUAUGUGCACAAUUGUUACAAAGUGGAGACCUAUCUGAAAUGCUAUGAAACUCCUAUCUUUCCUUUAAAUGGACCUGAAUUGUGGCCUGCCAGUACAAUAGAGCCUCCAUUACCACCCAAUUACACAGACAAAGUAGGUAGGCCUCAAAGAAUUAGGAGGAGAGAAGCAGAUGAGCCACCUGUUGCAAAAAAUCCUCAUAGGCUGGUUGGAGUUAAAAGAUCACACAAGUGCAGAACAUGUGGAGGCACAAACCACAACUCUAAAACAUGCAAAAAGAGGAAGUUUUCACAGGUUCAAGAAGGGAGGCAGGGUGAUGGAUUUGAACACAGUUUGAUGGUUUGUUGA